AUGGUUCAACGUCUGUUCCUGCCGACAGUCACAGAAGAAGUGUUGUACUUCGAUCGCUCGACAGUUUCAAUUUGCUUGCGAGUCGUGGGCUUAUCGGUGCCGGGUCUGAAACAGCGAGGGGAAUCUGUCACGAUGACUUGCGACUACGACUUAGAAGGCGGACGACUGUACUCCGUCAAGUGGUACAGAGAUAAUGAGGAAUUCUACCGCUACAUGCCGCGCCUUAGGCCACCGCAACACGCGCACAGGCUAGAUGGAGUUAAAGUCGAUGUGGAAAGGUCUAGCGCGAGACGCGUGCACCUCAGGGACUUGACGCUAAAGUCGCGAGGCCUCUACCGCUGCGAGGUGUCUGAAGAGGCGCCGUCGUUCCACUCUGCACAAUCAGAAGCCUUCAUGGAAGUAUACUAUUUCUCUCGCGAUAACCCUCGCAUAAGCGGCCACGAACAGCCGUACACAAUCGACGAACCCUUAGACGUCAAUUGCUCCUCGGCCAAAGCUUUUCCAGCGCCAGAACUGCAGUGGUACAUAAAUGGGGAGAAGGUGAUAGAACGCGGUUUGCUGAUAGCGUAUGGGGCUAAGCCCGUAUCUCAAGGUCUACUGAUCUCCACGUUAGGUCUGAAGGCUCCUGCGAAACCAAAUAUGAGGAUCACGUGUAUUGCUUCAAUUGGAACCCACAAAAGAGAACGAAGCGUUGUCAUAGAGACAAGCUCUUCGGCGCGAAGCAUGGCGAAGUAUUCAUUGAUUAUUAUAACGACAGUCAUCAACAUCGCUAUCCAUACGAUUUCGUGA